UCAUAUUUUUCCCUAAUUUCAAUUCAAUUGUCCUCAACCUCAUAAUUGAAAAUCUCCAUUUAUGGCCAGUACCCAACAAUCGUAAUUUGUGCUUGUUCAUAUUUUUCCCCAAUUUGAUUUGAUUUUAACUGUACUCCUCCUUCUCUCUCUCAGUUUCAGUUCAUCAACAUCGCACUUGACGUUCUCCAUCAUUGAAGCAGCUUCCCAGAUAACUUCCUUGUUAUUUCCUUUUUAUAUAUCGCACAAGUUACAACAUGUCUUCUAUAAGAAAUGCAAUCUCUAAAAGGGAGUACAAGGAGCGAUCGCAACCGGCUUCAAGGAAAAAGUUUGGGUUACUCGAAAAGCAUAAGGACUAUGUUGUUCGUGCGAGAGAAUUCCACAAGAAGGAGGAUAUGUUGCGGAGACUCAAAGAAAAGGCAGCGAAUAGGAACCCCGAUGAAUUUUAUUUUAAAAUGAUUAAUACUAGUACAAGGGAUGGAGUUCAUAGACCCGAGAGUGAGGCUAACAAGUAUACGCCAGAAGAACUUUUGUUGAUGAAGGCACAAGACUUAGGAUAUGUGCUUCAGAAAAUUCAAAGUGAAAAGAAGAAAAUUGAAAAGCGUCAAGCUGUGCUACAUUCUUUAGAUAAUCGGCCCUCGAGCAAGCACAUUUACUUUGCAGAAGACAGUGAAGAGGCGAAUGAGAUACUAUCAAGAUCAUCAAACGAUGAAGAGCUUCAUACAUCAGUGUCGGUGCCUUCUGCAAUCAAGAAGAAGAUGAAUGCUUCCUACAAAGAGUUAGAGGCAAGAAUGAAAAGAGUUGAAAAUUUGGAGAGAGUAUAUGCAGAGAUGGCCUUGCAGAAAGAGCUACAGAAGAAGGGUAGGAAACGCAAGCUUCGGGAAGAUGAGAUUGUUUGUCCCACUGAUAGGCCAGUGUACAAGUGGCGGGCUGAACGAAAGCGAUAAACAAGCCUAAUAUAUCUGGCUGAUGAAGGACAGAAUGUUCAACAUGAGCAGGAAGCAAAUUUUGGUUCAGUUAUUUGGUUUUUAGUAGUGAGAUGUACCCUAGUUGAGUCACAUUGUAACCUAAACUUUGCAGAUUUGAAUCACCUUAUUAUUUUAUGUGAGAAUAGAAGUUAAGGCCUUAAAUGUUACCUUU